AUGAGCGACAAUAACAAUAACAUUGGAGCUCAAUACAAUAAAGGCGUGAAGUAUUUGCAGACUUCUCAGGCAGUUGCCACAACCCAGAGGCAGGCAGUUGCUACAACCCAGAGGCAGGCAGUUGCUACAACUCAGAGGCAGGCAGUUGUUACAACCCAGAGGCAGGUAGUUGCCACAACCCAGAGGCAGGCAGUUGCUACAACCCAGAGGCAGGCAGUUGCUACAAUCCAGAGGCAGGUAGUUGCCACAACCCAGAGGCAGGCAGUUACCACAACCCAGAGGCAGGUAGUUGCCACAACCCAGAGGCAGAGGCAGGCAGUUGCUACAAUCCAGAGGCAGGUAGUUGCCACAACCCAGAGGCAGGCAGUUCCCACAACCCAGAGGCAGGCAGUUGCCACAACCCAGAGGCAGGCAGUUGCUACAACCCAGAGGCAGGUAGUUGCCACAACCCAGAGGCAGGUAGUUGCCACAACCCAGAGGCAGGCAGUUGUUACAACCCAAAGGCAGGCAGUUGCUACAACCCAGAGGCAGGCAGUUGCUACAACCCAGAGGCAGGCAGUUGCUACAACCCAGAGGCAGGCAGUUGCCACACCCCAGAGGCAGGCAGUUGCUACAACCCAGAGGCAGGCAGUUGCUACAACCCAGAGGCAGGCAGUUGCCACACCCCAGAGGCAGGCAGUUGCUACAACCCAGAGGCAGGCAGUUGCUACAACCCAGAGGCAGGCAGUUGCCACAACCAAGAGGCAGGCAGUUGCGACAACCCAAAGGCAGGCAGUUGCUACAACCCAGAGGCAGGCAGUUGCUACAACCCAGAGGCAGGCAGUUGCUACAACUCAGAGGCAGGCAGUUGUUACAACCCAGAGGCAGGUAUAG